GCGGAAGCGGAAGCGGAAGCAGUAGGAGCGCGGUGGGGGCGCGAAGAUGGCGUACCAGACCUUCCGGCAGGAGUACCUGCAGGUGCCGCCCGUGACGCGGGCCUACACCACAGCCUGCGUCCUCACCACCGCCGCCGUGCAAUUAGAACUAAUCACGCCCUUUCAACUAUAUUUCAACCCUGAAUUAAUAUUUAAACACUUUCAAGUAUGGAGGUUAAUCACAAACUACUUAUUUUUUGGACCAGUUGGCUUUAAUUUUUUAUUUAAUAUGAUCUUUUUAUAUCGUUACUGCCGAAUGCUUGAAGAAGGCUCUUUUCGAGGUCGGACGGCAGAUUUUGUAUUUAUGUUCCUUUUUGGUGGACUUUUAAUGACUAUUUUUGGUUUGUUUGUGAACUUGGUUUUCUUGGGUCAGGCAUUCACAAUAAUGCUUGUGUAUGUAUGGAGCCGCAGGAAUCCCUAUGUCCGUAUGAACUUUUUUGGUCUUCUCAUCUUUCAAGCUCCAUUUCUACCUUGGGUACUGAUGGGCUUUUCACUGCUUUUGGGGAACUCCAUCAUUGUGGAUCUCCUGGGCAUUGCAGUUGGGCAUAUAUAUUUUUUCUUAGAAGACGUCUUUCCCAAUCAGCCUGGUGGUGGGAGGAUUCUGAGAACACCAUCUGUCUUGAAAGCAAUAUUUGAUACACCAGAAGAUGAUCCUAAUUACAAUCCCUUGCCAGAAGAACGACCAGGAGGAUUUGCGUGGGGAGAAGGUCAGCGCCUUGGAGGCUAAUAGGUGGCCGUGCCAAAACCCAGCAACAGCUGGGAGAGACUUAACUGAAGUACCAUAUUGGGGAUUCUCCUAUUUCCCCAUCACAUACAGGACACUUUUUGAAAGCUCUAUGGUUCUGAAUACAAGCACUUUAUGAAAUGGUAGUCUAACCCAAGAAGCUUCCAGGCUACCAGUGCCUUCCCUGGUUAGGGUUGUAUUGCGCUGGUAAUAAAAAAUAUCAAGCUAGUGGAGCCAAAACUAAAACUGGAAACCAUUUCCUGUCAACUUUGGUUAAUAAGACCAUGAGUACUUGUUUAAAGUGAUUUCUAAAGCUUUUUUCCCCCCAAAAAAUCGUUUGAUACGGAAAACUACAUGGGAAACUUUACAGGGGACAGAAUAAAACUUUUUGGUUUUAACUCCUUUUUUGAUUCUUAGAUAAAAAAGCUUACCACUUAGUUGAAAGUGCAAGUCCCUCUUUCAAUGGCAGAAGUUUUUAGUCUGAGCUGCUAAUGUCUUUGGUCCAAUUUGAAUUGUAAGAAAUACAACAUUCAGCAUAA